AUGAACAAGUUCUGCAAACGUCGACCCACGACUUUCCACGGAGACACCAACCCCGUGGUGGUCGAGACAUGGCCAAAUGAAGUUAAAAUGAUCCUCAGAACCUUAGGGAUUACCCAAGGCAGAGACCGUGUGGCCUUGGCCACAUACCAGCUAAAGGGAGAAGCCCGCUACUGGUGGGAUCUAAUGGAGGCAACCCAUGCCAUAGUCACCAUGACUUUUGACGAGUUUGAAACUCUGUUUCUCGACAAGUAUUUUCCCACGCCUCUUCGUUUGGCCAAGGAACAAGAGUUCCUAAACCUGAAACAAGGAACGAUGACCGUUACGCAAUACGCAGCCAAAUUCGAGGAACUGUCUCGUUAUGCCCAAACUGCCAUUGCAACCGAAGACAAGAAGCCAAUGAGAUUUGAGUGGGGACUAACGAUUGCACGAAGGGCUGUGGUGGCUCAAGCUUUUACCACCUAUGCUGAAGUGGUAAAGUGUGCUCUCCGGUUAGAGAGUAAGGAGAUGGACUUUAAAACCCGAUGGAGGAAGACGACAGGCAGCACUGGUGGACCAAUCCGAACCCAACCAUCCAACAACAACCGCGGACCUUACCCCACCAAACCCUCUAACCCACCUCAAAACAACCAACCCUGGAAGACUGCUAUCCUCGAAAGCAGCAAACCAAAGAGAGCGGAUUUCGACGUAAUCCUUGGAAUGGACUGGCUAUCAGCUCACCGAGCGGUCAUAGAUUGCCAUCAGAAGACGGUAACAACUCAUACCUCUGAAGGGACUUGUUUUCGAUUUAAGGGGGAUAAACAAAUAGCAAGUUCAACGACAAAGAGAUCCAGGUGGCAAAAUCAACUGUUUGGAUGGCUCGCUAGCCUCCAAAUGGAAGAAACCGACCGGAUGGAAUUGGGAUUACCGCACAUCGUUUGCGAGUACGCCGAUGUUUUCCCUAAAGAACUUCCGAGCUUACCACCUCAAAGAAAGAUAGACUUCUCUAUAGAACUCCAACCAGGAAUAACACCAAUCUCGAUGGCACCAUAUCGCAUGGCCCCUGCAGAACUAAAGGAGCUCAAGACCCAAUUGCAGGAGCUGUUGGACAAAGGAUUCAUCAGACCAAGUACAUCACCAUGGAGAGCGCCGGCAUUGUUCGUGAAGAAGAAAGAAGGAACACUUCGACUGUGUAUUAACUAUGGGAAGUUAAACUAA